AUGGCUGGGAUCCGAGGAGGCUAUAUUGCAAGCUGGGCUCAAUAUCGUCCAGGUCGCGGCAGGUUCACACCAGAGGACUACAAACCUGGCCUGUGCACACAUCUAUUCUACGCUUUUGCUGGAUUUGGUGACGACUACAUAGUGAAGUCCGAAAUUCUAUUCUUCAGUUUCGCCUUACUCGACUUUAGUCGAAAACAUUUGAUUCUCCAGGCACAAGAUCCGAGCGAUGCAGUACCAGGAACUGGAGGUUUUGCGCUCGUAAAUAGUUUGAAGAAUAGAGAUCCUGGACUCAAAACAUUAAUUUCGAUUGGCGGAUGGUCAUUUGGUAAAGAAAAAUUCAAGGUUUGCCACUCUCUUGUUGUACCACACUGA